CCGGUCGCCUCUUCUUCUUCACGUUGCAGUUCCGGAUACAAGAAUCCGACGAGUCGUGUAUGGAAGUACAGUGUGAGCAGUCAGAUCGCAUCCGAGCAUCGGAUCGUAUGCUGCGUGCUGUUUACCCCUGCGAUUCACUCGUACAGUGUGAGCAGCAGCUGAAUACCGCGAUUGAAAAAAAUCGCAGUGUCUGCCCAGCUUAACGCAACUUCAAAGCUCUGCGAGCGUCACACUUAGGAUGGGCGGGCCCAAGCUAGUCUCCACCCUCUGCUGUGUGUGCAAGUCAAGCUGGUGAAAGUGAAAGUGAAAAUACAUUUUGCAGUGAACGGACUGUAAAAGGCUUCAGGAGAAAAACGCACUGUGUAAUGGGGACCUAAUUCCUGAUUGUAAGGUUUACUUGCAGAAUCUACACCUUACUUGUAGUUUGUUUAUGGGUAUAAUCUGAAGGAGACAUGACCUCCAAAAUGAGUGUUUCUAAGAACAGAAAGAAAGACAAGAGAAUGAUGGAGGGAAAGAGAUCAGACUCACCAGAACCCAGCUGUGUGUCCAUGAAGAGUGACCAGUCAAUGGAAGCCCCACCUGCCUUCAGAGACAGAGACAGUCCUGCUGAUCUGAGAAUGAUGGCGGGAAAGAGAUCAGACUCACCAGAACCCAGCUGUGUGUCCAUGAAGAGUGACCAGUCAAUGGAAGCCCCUCUUGUUUUCAGAGACAGAGGCAGUUCUGCUGAUCUGAGAAAACAAAAGAAGAAAUCAAACAUCAGCAGAAAUCAGCUGGAGUCCAUAUUCAAGGAGCUGGAGCACAAAGUCAUCAGUGUGAUCCAGAAGGAGCUGAAGAGGUUUAAGAAGCUCCUGAGUCCAGAUUCCCCAGCAUGCUCUGAGAGGGAGGUGGAGGAUGAGGAGGAUCAGAGCAGUGUCAGAGAGGGAGUGCUGAAGAUCACACUGCACUUCCUGAAGAACAUGAACCACACAGAUCUCGCUCACACACUGAAGAACAAACUCGUCUCUGUGUAUCAGCAAAAGCUGAAAUCCAAACUGAGAGAGAAGUUUAAAAGAAUUAAUGAAGGAAUCUCACAGCAUGGAAACUCAACACUUCUGAAUGAGAUCUACACAGAGCUCUACAUCACAGAGGGUUGGAGUGGAGAUGUCAAUAAUGAACAUGAGGUGAGACAGAUUGAGGCAGCGUCCAGGAGACCAGCAACUCAGGAGACACCCAUCAAAUGUAAUGAUCUCUUUAAAGACACGUCCAUCAGAAGCGUGCUGACUAAAGGAGUUGCUGGAAUUGGAAAAACAGUCUCUGUGCAGAAGUUCAUUCUGGACUGGACGGAAGGAAAAGCAAAUCAGGACAUCACCUUCAUAUUCCCACUUCCCUUUAGAGAGCUGAAUCUGAUGAAGCAGGAAAAUCUUAGUCUGAUGAAUCUUCUUCAUCACUUUUUCCAAGAAAUGAAAGAAUUACGGUUAAUAGACUGUGGUAUUAACAAUGUCCUGUUUAUCUUUGAUGGUCUGGAUGAGUGUCGACUUCCUCUAAAUUUCCAGAACAAUGAGAGAUUGUGUGAUGUGACAGAGUCAGCCUCAGUGGAUGUGCUGCUGACAAACCUCAUCAAGGGGAAUCUGCUUCCCUCUGCUCUUCUCUGGAUAACCUCUCGACCAGGAGCAGCCAGUCAGAUCCCUCCUGAGUGUGUAGACCAGGUAACAGAGGUACGAGGGUUCAGUGAUCCUCAGAAAAAGGAGUACUUCAGGAAGAGGAUCAGUGAUCACAGCCUGGCCAAUAAAAUCAUCACACACAUGAAGUCUUCAAGAAGCCUCUACAUCAUGUGCCACAUCCCAGUCUUCUGCUGGAUCUCAGCCACUGUUCUAGAGAGAAUGUUGGGUGAAGCAGAGAGUGGAGAGAUCCCCAAGACUCUGACUCAAAUGUUCACACACUUCCUGAUCUUUCAGCUCAGACACAAGCACCAAAAGUACAGUCAGAAAUGUGAGCCUGAUCCUCAGCAGACCAGAGCGAGUAUCCUGGCACUGGGAAAACUGGCUUUCCAACAGCUGGAGAAAGGAAACCUGAUCUUCUAUGAGGACGACCUGAGAGAGUGUGGCAUUGAUGUGAGAGAAGUGUCAGUGUACUCAGGAGUGUGUACCCAAAUCUUCAGAGAGGAGUUUGGGCUUCACCUGGGGAAGGUGUUCAGCUUUGUACAUUUGAGUGUUCAGGAGUUUCUGGCUGCUUUAUAUGCAUUUGUCUCUUUCCUCAGCAGAAAUGUAACAGAACAACAAACCACUGAUCUGUCUAAUCUUUUCAACAAGUUAAACAUGUAUGAUUUUCUCAGGAAUGCAGUGGACAAGGCCUUACAGAGUGAGAAUGGACACCUGGACCUGUUCCUCCGCUUCCUUCUGGGUCUCUCACUGGAGUCCAAUCAGACUCUCUUACGAAACCUACUGCCCCAGACAGGAAACACCUCUCCCAGCAAUCAGGAAACAGUCGAGUACAUUAAGGAGAAGAUCAGGGAGAAUCCAUCUCCAGAGAAAUCCAUCAAUCUGUUCCACUGUCUGAAUGAACUGAAUGAUCAUUCUCUAGUGCAGGAAGUACAACAUUACCUGAACGUAGGAGAUUCCAGUCGUCUCAGUGGAGUCAGACUCUCUCCUGCUCAGUGGUCAGCUCUAGUGUUUGUGUUACUGAACUCAGAACAGGAGCUGGAUGAGUUUGAUUUGAGUAAAUAUGACCCAUCAGAGGAAUGUCUUCUGAAGCUGCUGCCAGUGGUCAAAGCCUCCAGAAAAGCUAAUCUGUGUGAGUGUAAUCUGACAGAGGAAAGCUGUAGAGUUCUGUCCUCAGUUCUCAGCUCAAACUCCUCUAGUCUGAGAAAACUGGACCUGGGUUACAAUAACCUGCAGGAUUCAGGAGUGAAGCUGCUCUCUGCUGGACUGGAGAAUCCACACUGUACACUGGAGAUACUGAGUCUGUGUGAGUGUGAUCUGACAGAGGAAAGCUGUAAAGUUCUGUCUUCAGUUCUCAGCUCAAACUCUUCCAGACUGAGUGAACUGGACCUGAGUCACAAUAACCUGCAGGAUUCAGGAGUGAAGCUGCUCUCUGCUGGACUGGAGAAUCCACACUGUACACUGGAGAUACUGAGUCUGUGUGAGUGUAAUCUGACAGAGGAAAGCUGUAGAGUUCUGUCCUCAGUUCUCAGCUCAAACUCCUCCAGACUGAGAGAACUGGACCUGAGUGGAAACAACCUGCAGGAUUCAGGAGUGAAGCUGCUCUCUGCUGGACUGGAGAAUCCACACUGUACACUGGAGAUACUGAGGCUGGAACACUGCAGUAUUUCAGGCCAAGGUUGUGCUGCUCUGUUUUUAGCUCUGAGGUCAAAUCCCUCAUCACACCUGAGAGAACUGAAUCUGAACUACAAUAAACCAGGAGAAUCAGUAGUGAAGCUGCUCUCUGAUCUACUGAAGGAUCCACACUAUACACUGGAGACACUACACAUUAAGAUCUGAAUCAUUCACAUUCAGAUGUAGAAGUUCCACAACGAUAACCGUGACUGAUCACAUCCUUUAUCCACUCAGCUCCACGUUACUUCACACCGAUAUUUCCUCAUAUCCUCCUGACUACCAGGGGGGAAAAAAGUUUUUAAAUCUCUAUUUUUUUUAACUUCCCCAAUUGUUUGAAAGGGAAUGAGGACAUUGACAAGAGUUUUUAUGAAAAAAAAAGUUUUUAUUUUUAAGAUAUAACAUGUCCUCUACAGUGGACAUCGGAACGUCAUACAUGUGAAAUAGUAUGAUAAUCACAAUCUGUAAAUGAAAAUACAAACAAUUCCACUUACAAAUAAGUCACACUUCUAUACAUGAGUGAGACAUCGAACAUCAGGGUUUUUUUUGUUUAUAUUGUGAUCUUUGAUGUAUUUCUGAUUGAUUCAUGGGGUAUGAUAUUUCAAAAAGCAAUUCCCCUUCUUUGAGACACAAAGGAAUACCUUGCACUUGGUGCACAUCACAUAGGUUUUACUUUUGCAACCAGAUCUGCGACACCUUGAUGCAUGUUUCAUCUACCAUCUCCGGGAGAUGGAUGGCCCCAUAGUAUCUCAGAGCUGCAUUUGGCUGUGGUUUCCACUUUUGACGUGGGGGAGUGUAGUCAUCCUCACUGUCACUUGCAACUCCUGCUUGGGCCCAAGUAAUCAACUGCUCACCAAGGAACAUUUUGAAUUCAAGAAACUUCAGUGCUUUCUUUCCCAGAAUCUGGCAAUCAAAAUGACUGCUAUAACAUUUGUUUAUAUUUUUUAUUGCCAUAACAUUCGCAACAACAAAUCACAUUUAAUGAGAUUGUAAAUGUGUAUUACGGUGUGUGAGAGGGAACGGGAACUGUUAUUAAAACCCAAUAGACCUUUUCUCCUUUUUAUUUUACAUUUUAUUUUAAAUGUGUAUUAGUGUGUGAGAGGGAACAGGAACUGUUAUUAAAACCCAAAAGACCUUUUUUCCUUUUUAUUUUUAUUAAAUACAUGGUUUAUUUAUCAGUAUUAUAGAACACACCCCGAGCCACUACAUUUUAAAGCAAGACGCCCUUUUGAUUUAAUAAAAUCAGUGAAACUUAUUUCCCUCUGAAA